CAGAACACUAUGGCCCUGCGGCCCUUUAAGACGCUGGUUCUGGGAGGCGCUUGAGUUCAGUUCAACACACCCGCCUGGCGCUUCGCUCGACGCCCAGGAAGAGAAACACCACAAGUUUAAAUAUGACGAUUCAUUUGUCGAAUUGACGUGUAUUCUGCUGUUUUUACGUUCCUGCAGCGGUAUUGAGGGUAAUAAUGCUGAAUGGUCGGACUAAUGAAGUUCAGUUUGGAUUUCUGCCGGUUACUGGGGCUUAGCGGCUCCAGUGAUGAGAGGCCAGAGGAGAUGGACACAGGUGCCCUCCCCGAGCAGAAUGACCACACACUCUCACAGGUACAAGAACAGUGGGCUCUUUUUCCUGAAUUAGCCCAAGAUGAUGUCUUAAAUGGUGAGGAAGGUCUUAGUGAGGAGGAGAAGGCCAGACGGAAAGCAGAGAGACGCAAAGCCAAAAGGAAGCGCCAACGUCAGCGGAAGAAACUAGAGCGGGGUAAAAAGGAUGAAAGUACUGAACAGGGGGAGGAGAAUGCUGGAGCCGAUUCUGAACUUGACGAGUCUGAGGAGUCUGAGUCAGAGGAGGUGGAAUGUAUCGGCCUUUCAAAAGUGGAAGAGAAGCCAGUUGCUCCUCAAAGUAAAAGUCCUUUUGGACCUCCACUGGCGUCAGGGAACAAAAGCAACCAACAGCCGGCGGCUCGUGCUAGUGAGGAGGACCCAGGCUGGGAUGUGAACAGUGCUUUUGUUGCGAAUGCUGUCAGUCACAUUCGACCUAAAGCUAAAAGUAAAGGAGCACACAAGUCGAAAGAGAACAAGGAAAAUGAGAGCAGGACAGGAGAAGUCAUAGGUUUACCAGAUGCUAAAACUAAGAGAAGUGCCUUACUAGUAGAAAAGGGGAUUCGAUUUGUUCAGGAGGGUCAGUACACACAAGCUGUUAGUCUGUUUACAGAGGCCAUCAAAUGUGAUCCGAAAGACUACAGGUUUUUUGGAAAUCGCUCGUACUGCUACUGUUGUCUGGAGCAAUAUCCUCUGGCCCUUGCAGAUGCUGAGAAGUCCAUCCAAAUGGCUCCUGAUUGGCCCAAAGGCUAUUACCGCAGAGGAAGUGCACUUAUGGGGCUUAAGAGUUACAGCGAAGCUGAGAAAGCUAUGGAACAGGUGCUAAAACUGGACCAAGAUUGCGAAGAAGCGGUCAAUGACCUCUUGUACUGUAAAGUGCAACAAAUUUUGGAUCUUGGCUAUGAUGAGGAACAGAGUAUUCAAUUGCUGGAAAAAUACAACACGGUGCAGGCUGUUGUUGCAGCCAAAGCUUCAAAUCAGGACUGUGCUCUCCUCCAACCAGGUCCUUGCAAUUCCCUGUGGGUGGGCAACGUGACCACAGAACUGACAGAGAAACAUUUGUGGGACCUGUUCAAAAUUUAUGGAGAAAUUGAAAGCAUUCGGGUUCUGCAUGAACGCUUCUGUGCGUUUGUUAACUUUAAGAAUGCCAACAUGGCCUCCCGUGCGAUGGAGAAACUCAAUGGACAUUUUAUUGAGAAUACCCGACUAGUGGUUCGAUAUCCAGAUCGACGGAUUCAGAGAGUCUUGCCGACACCUGCUAUUCAACAACCUCCAGGGACAUCUGGGCCAAGACGCAGAGGUCCUGUCAACGGAGAUGAGUGUUACUUCUGGAGGACCACCGGAUGUCAUUUUGGAGAUCGAUGUCGCUAUAAGCACAUUCCCGAUCAUCGAGGCAAAGACUGGCAACCUUGAGUCGACUCUUGCCUCUCUUUUCCUCUCCCCUAAGAACUCUGGGAGAUGAAUGCAUGACUUUAGGGACUGUAAUCUUCACUUUGAUUAUCUGUAGGUCAGGACCAGUAUUGUGGAUCAGAGUCUUAUGAUGGCUCUCUCGAGUGCUUCACUGUCAGACUCCGAACCUCACAGGGUUUCAAAGCAGACGGGACUCUGGGAAAAGUGUCUCUUUUGAGGUGAGGUUUGGGUGGUGCACCAUAUCGCCGUCUGCUGAGGUUUACACUGCCUCUCAUAUUGUGUGCUCUCUUCUCUCUUCCCGUGCCAGCUCCACCAACCCAAAGAAGAGCAGUAGAUCUGGGCUGACAUUUGAGUUCAUUCCAAGAGAAUGAUUUUGAUUCUGUAUUUGAGGAUGGGAGAAUCGUACCAAAGAAUAAUACUAUGCCAUAUGUGGAUUUUGCGUGGAGAGAGAAAAAGGCUUUCAGGGAAAAUUAGCUUAUUAGUUUUACUUGUGUUUUGAUUCGUUUCCACCACCUCAAACACACUCCAGCUCUUCAUUCAUCCAUAUUCCUAAGUGGACUUUUCCCGCUAAUUCUCUCAAAAGGCCCCGAAUUGAAGAGAUUUGAGGGCAUGUCAGUAUUGCAAAGGGUUAGAGCAAUUAUUUGAAUCUUGAAGAAAUUACGUCUCUUGAUUAGGGGUGCACGAUAAAUAUCGGCCAAUAAUUAAUGCGCAUCUCGUCAGUAAAGCCAGUUCUCUAAUCAGCGGUAAAUUCCAUCAGGUGCGUGAUUUCACAUAGAGCAGCUUUAACUACACGGAUCCCUUGUUAACUGACAAGCUGCGCAAAAACUACUGAUGAGAUGCGCAUUAAUUAUCGGCCGAUAUUUAUUGUGCACCCCUACUUUUGAUAAAUUAUUUUCAAUUCUGCCUUUUUCUUGCAGUCUUGCACUUUACCAUAUCAGAUGAUCUAUGGGUUGUUCCUCAAGCGAAAAACAUGGUCUUCUUCCCUCAAGACGACUAGAUAUUUGGUCAGAAUUGUGUUUCUAAAAGGUUUCGAUGAUCUGUGGUCAUUGGUGGUAUUUUUUUCAUGGUAUUUUCCAAUUGGCAUGUCAUUGCCAUUUAGAUAUUAUUUACAUUUAUCUAUAAAUAAGAACAUGGAAUAAUGAUUUCACGUUAUGCGAUCGCAAACGCAAGUUUUGGUUAUAGAUCAUGUAAUGCUGCUCCAUAAAAUGCAGAAGAUUUUGUGGUUUUCUUAUGCAAGAGUUCUGAGAUACAGGAAACUCUUGCUUUGGCACUUUUCAUACCAUCAGCGCAAAGUUGAUCAGGUGGUUUUCAUCAUUUCCUCUUUUUUUUUUUUAAACCUUCUUUCUGUGCGUUUAGUGGAUGAGAAGGAAGUUGGCUAUUUGAGAUCAAAUGUCUUCCACCAACUUGUAAAACAUCAUGCACAUUUCUGAAGUUAUUAUUAGUAUGAUAAUUUCAUUGAGCAAUAUUCUUGUUUCAAUGCAUUUGAAAACCCUCAUAACCUCGUACUUUUCUGACACACUUAACCAAAGAAACACUAAUGUUUACCUAGUUUACCACAGACCAACACAUUGCUAUUUUUGUAUGAUACACUAUUUACGACGCAAGUUAAAUACUUUUCCUCAGUUUUUAGAUAUGAGUGCAUGGGUUUUUAUGCAGGCUGUAGUCACACUAGUGCUCUUAGUUCAGUUGUGCUUCUUUUGACUCUGUGACAGUCCAGAGUGCCUUUAAAAUUUUGCUUUCAUAUCAGAUGAGUUAUUUUAGCAUUCAUGUUUAAGCUGAGGUCCCCUGUGAACACCGGGGAAGUGACUUUUACAUUUGCGAAUGAAAUAAUACCGAAAAUUAAUGUGUGUUCAGAGAAAUCAGUUUUGUCGGUUUGGGACUGAGGCAUACACCUGUGGUUCUCAUAAUUUUAAUUUAAUUUUAUUUUUUUGGCAAUAAAUUAUUUUGAAGACUUUUGAAGUAUUUUUUUUUGUUUGUUUUUUGGAGAAGUAUGAAAAUGGCAAUAAUUUCUCACUGUUGUGCUGCUUAAAGAGCCCUUAAUAGAGUUCAGUCAUGCAUUAAAGGAUAUUUAUCACUCAAAUUUAA